AUGGCGGGGACAAAACCCUUCUUCCUCCUUCCUCUACCGGAGCUGAAUCUCAAGCUCAAGAUGCCAUUGACGGAAAUCCUCGCCGUGACUGACAAUUUCAACCCGAAGCUUCUAAUCGGAUCCGGCGGGUUCGGGAAAGUAUACGAAGGCAAGCUCGCAAACGGAGUGACAGUCGCGGUGAAGAGAAGCGAAUCGGGUCACGGACAAGGCCGACCCGAAUUUCAAACAGAGGUUUUAGUCCUCUCCAAGAUCCGCCACCGCCACCUCGUCUCCUUAAUCGGGUACUGCGACGACGGCGCCGAGAUGAUCCUCGUCUACGAGUUCAUGAAAAACGGAACCCUCAGAGACCAUCUCUACAGAUCCGACGAUGAUGAUUCAAGUUCUUCUCCUCCCUCCUCCGUGGCUUCCACCACCACGAUGCUGAAUUGGAAGCAGAGGUUCGAGAUCUGCAUCGGGUCGGCCAAAGGCCUGCACUAUCUUCACACCGGAUCCGACGGGGGGAUUAUUCACAGGGACGUCAAGUCGACGAACAUCCUGCUGGACGAGAAUUUCGUCGCGAAAGUGGCCGAUUUCGGACUCUCUCAGGCGGGUCUACAA